AUGGAUUUACCAACACAAGAAGAGCGCGUAGAGUGGGCAAUCUCUCAGCGCCAAUUAUCCAAAAGAGGGGCUUACAAUUUAGUCCAUCGAGACAUAUGGGGGCCUCGAGAGAAGUCUAUGGCCAACCCAUGGUCACCAAGCAACCCUAUGGGAACCGUCAUCCUUCGCUUGGCUGAGAACAGCCUCUUGCAUCACGAGGUUGCAGAGUUCAUUAAAAACCAGAUACAUGUUCUUCCUGCCAACCAUCUUACAUAUAGUACGGGCCCGCGUGGUUCACUACGUCUACGUCGUGCUCUGAGUUCAUUUAUGAACGAGGAAUUUCACCCACGCCGAGAGGUCACCUCUGACAAUCUCUUCAUUACACCUGGUCUGGCUAGUGGCUUGGACGCAAUAGCUUGGUCAAUUUGCGACGAAGGAGAAGGCAUCUUGAUCCCACAGCCUUUCUACAAUGGCUUCAGCUUUGACCUACUAAAUCGCAGCAACACUCGAGUCGUCGGAGUGUCAUAUGAGGGUGUUGAAGGGUGUACAGGCCUUGACGACCUGUUUCGACCUGAGGUAAACAGACGAGCUUUGGAGUCAGCUUUGUUCAGGGCCCGACGUGCCGGUGUGACAGUUCGUGCCCUGCUCAUCUCAAAAUGCUAUCCCCCCGAAACCCUCGUAGAGUUCGCAUCAUUCUGCAGCAGGAACGGGUUGCAUUUCCUGUCUGAUGAGAUCUAUGCUAAGUCUGUUUUUCCGAACCCUGCGAUCACAGGCCAUGCUUCGUUCGUCUCUGUUCUGUCACUCGAUCUUCACGACGUCAUUAGCUCGGAUCUACUACACGUGUUGUACGGUGCAAGUAAAGACUUUUGUGCUAACGGUCUGCGUCUGGGUAUGGUCUAUACUAGGAAUGAAGCUAUUCUGGGUGCCAUGUCAAGUAUUAGUAUGUUCUCUUGGUCACCACACGUCCUCCAAGAUGUUUGGGCAGCCAUGUUGGAAAACAGGGCAUGGCUGGCACGGUUCAUGGAUAAAAAAAACAAACUCAUGGUAGAGAACUACAAGGUUGCUACAUCAUUCCUCCAAAGGCAUAACAUCAAAUACUUCGAGAUGAAUGCCGGCCUAUUCAUCUGGGUUGAUCUACGCCAUUUGUACAUCCCCAAGUCAUCAUAUCAGCAGCCAUCUUACACGAUGCUUAAAGUCACAUCUGAAAAUGCCAGUGUUAGCCGGCAGCGGGAGCUGAAUAUUAUUGAGACAUUUUUAAAGCAUGGAAUCAUGAUUUCACCAGGCAGUGCAUAUGUUCGCAAGAAAGCAAAUCGGUCCUCCUCUAAGAGACCUCAAAGAGCAGUCUCUUCGCUUGCUGAAAGACAACAUAUGCCAUCGCUAUGUGAAGCGUCUGCUGCUGAAGCCGGACGCAGGAUUGCGGGCUCCAAGCAUACCGAAGACAACCCUAGUGUAACACCACUUCGACAAAAUGCCCAAGGCGAGGAGAGUAUAUUUCCUUCUCCAUUAUUGAGACCUCAUAUAGGGCCAAUCCAAUCCGAAAUCGGUCGAGUGGAACCAAAUUCCCAGCCUCAUCGAGCUGUGGACACUACUAAUCUCGCGUACAUUGUCGAGGUGGUUCAUAGACCCAAGGACGGCGUAACUGAGCCUUUGAGGGUUCAUUAUCCGAUUCCAGCCUCCAUUGUAGACCAAUCAGCUACUGCUUUUGGCUCCAAAGCGGCUGGAGAACCCAUUUCCCUCCAGGAAGCUCUCAAAACGCCAGCACCUGAAGUUUCCGACCAACUAGUUCGCGCCUUCUUCGAGAUCAUCCAUGUGGCUUACCCCGUAUUCGACCGACAAAAGUUUACACACUCAUAUCUUCAUGGUCAAGUCUCACCUUUGGUUUUGCAAACCAUUUUUUUCUUGGGCUUUACGGUCGUAGGCGAAAGCACUAUCCAAGCAAGUGGCUUCAGCGACAGAGCUGCUGCCAGGAGGACAUAUUAUCGGCAUGCCAAGGCGCUUUAUGAUGCCGAUUACGGUACUGAUAUCAUGAACGUCGUUGCUGUAUUAUUGCUAUUUGGCUUUUGGUGGGCAGGUCAUGACGAGCAGAAAGACACAUGCCACUGGGUGGGUUGUGCGACGACUUUUGCACAGUCUCUAGGAAUGCAUCGGUCCACAUCACAAUCCGCUUUGACCCCGCAAAUGAAAUCUCUCAGGAAAAGAAUCUGGUGGGCAAUCUACACCCGUGAUAGGCAUACCUCGGCGGCGUUCGGUCGGCCGUGCCGUAUCCGGGAUGAAGACUGUGACAUUGAACCUCUCACCAAAGAUGACUUCAUGUUUGAUAGAAACUACGAAGAGAGGCUCAUACCAGCUCAGCAAGAAUUUCACAUAUCUUACGUGAUGGAGAUGUCGAGAUUGGCAGCAUUAUUUGGAGAUGUUCUUGUUGCGGAAUUUAGUCCGCGUCGAGCUGCAGAAGAAAGGUUUGAUACGAAAGUGCUGAAGAGUAAUCUUCUGCAGUGGGAAUCUCAAUUGCCCAAUUGCCUCCGCAUGUCGUCACUUGACGGCUUGUUAGGAGCCCCUUUUUGGGCUAGCAUGCUACACUUCAACUACCAGUACUUUCAAAUACUUCUCUUCCGGCCAAAGUCCAUAGAGAUCCUCUCUCCUGAGGAUGUAGAACGGGACAAGCGAGCCCGUAUGGCAGCCGACGCGAUCACUCGUAAUGCGGAGGAUCAGUUAGCCGCUGAAACCAUCAGAUCCGGACAGAUUCAUCUUGUACCGGCUUUGUUCGGCGCUCUUUCCAUCCACACCAUAGUCAUAUGCCGGCAAGAUCCUGUUCGUCGACAGCUGGCUGAGAACAAGUCGCGGCAAUGCCUCCUGGCUUUGGGCGAGCUAUCACAGUCUUGGCCCGUGAGAAUAUGGAUUUCUAAAUCAUUCGUCAGUUUGAUGACGAGAUUGACGGGUCAAGGCUCAUCUGCCUCUGACAGAGCAAUCGUCAAUGUGUCCUCCAGCAUCCGUACGACAACCCCCGAAGAUACAUCUAUUGAUGGGUCUCAAAGCGCCUCGGGCAUUCCCAGCAGUGGACAGGUAGUCGCAAACUCCGUGGGGAUUGACAACUUUGAACCACAGGGUUUUCAGGGGUAUGAUGGCUUGAGCCAAGCAACUGACCAACUAUUCUACGACAAUUUUUGGACAUCCUACCUGGACACCGCCUUUGAUGUGGACCUACUCAUACAUCCUACUACGGGGUCUCCACAAUGA